AUGCACGGACCAGCGAAUGGCCCCGUCUUUGCCAUUUGCUAUCCUAUUCUUGCUGCAAUUGGUGCUCCUGCCAAUUUGGUGGCGAUACUGAUCCUUUCCCGAGGAAGGUGUGGGCUGUCUCGCGGCAUCACCUACUACUUACUGGCAAUUGCAGUGACGGAUUUCCUUAUCAUCAUCGUUGCUGUCAUUAUCAAUCGGAUUGGCAGCAUUUACUUUCGGUACAGCCUCCUAUCCACCACCCCCGGGUGCAGGAUCUGCACUGUGUUUGUCUAUAUCAGCCGGGAUGGCUCGGUUUGGCUGACUGUGGCCUUCACCAUCGACCGUUUUGUGGCUAUUUGUUUCCAGAUUCUGAAGACCAGAUACUGCACGGAGAAAACUGCAUCACUCGUUAUAGGAAUAGUCUGUCUACUGAGCUGCAUCAAGAAUGCCCCUUUCUUCUUUGUCUACCAGCCCUUAUACAUUCUAGAGGGGAAGCCCUGGUUCUGUGACUUAAAGUCCAGCUAUUACAUCUCGCCGGUCUGGAAGAGCUACCAAUGGCUAGACCACACGUUAACCCCCCUUCUCCCUUUCUUCCUUAUUCUCCUGCUCAACGUCCUGACUGUUAGGUACAUCCUAGCAGCCAGCAAAGCUCGGAAGAGGCUGCGGGGCACUGAGAAUUCCAAAGAUGCUGAGUUGGCCAACCGCAAGAAGUCCAUUAUCUUGCUCUUCACAAUUUCCCUCAGCUUCCUCCUCCUUUGGGCCACCUAUGUUGGAAGAUUCCUCUACGUGCAGUUUACUGGGGAGGGCUACUUUGGCGGACUGGAUUUCAAGGAUCCACAAUUCAUCCUGCAAGAGACGACCAAUCUGCUCCAGUUACUCAGUUCUUGUAAUAAUGUAUUCAUCUAUGCAGUGACCCAGAAUAAGUUCCAGGAAGAGCUGAAGAAGCUGCUGAUAUCUCCAUACACGUUCUUCUACAGUUACAUUAAACGAUGA